ACAACAUGGUUGUUUUGGUAUCCGCUAGUACAGCAGUCAUCUGUCAAAAGAUUAAGCAAAACUUGAAAUAGCCAGUUUUGGCAACUGGAUUAAGGACGCUUGUCAGUAUCAUCUUUACUAUGUUUUGUCCGAGUUGACGAAGCGAACUGUGUUUCGAGUGAAAGUCUUUCAAUUUCGUAAAUUUGGCGAACCACGGUAGCUAGCUAGUUAGCUUGUCACUCUGUCAACAAUUUUGUGUUCAGCAUGGACUGCUCGGCACUGGAGCUCGAUGCUGUCAAAUUUGCCAAAACAGCUGUCACCUAUGACCAGAGCGGCAAAUAUAACGAGGCUGUAUUUUAUUAUAAGGAGGCAGCCCAGGCCCUGAUAUAUGCUGGCAUGGCAGGGUCCAAACUGGAGGGAAUCCAGGACAAAGUGAACGAGUACUUGGAUCGAGUCCAAGCCCUCCACAAUGCUGUCCAGGCCCAGAAGAGCGACCCGCUGAAAUCGCGGCAGCAUGUGGACCUGGAGCGAGCCCACUUCCUGGUCACCCAGGCUUUCGAGGAAGACGAGAAGGGAAAUGAUGAUGAAGCCAUUGAACUGUACACCCAGGCUGUGGAGCUAUGCAUAAGCACGUCCAAUGAGACGACAGACCAGGCGCUGCAGACCAAGCUGAAGCAGCUGGCACGUCAAGCUUUAGACAGGGCGGAGGGUCUUAAAGAAUCCCAGUCCAAGUCAACUCCAACUCAGGACAAGACGGGGCCUGCUGGAGCCAAGCCGAGCAGCGGUGCCAGUUCUGUGGGGCCGGUCCGCCAGUUCUUCCCCCUCGGGCCAGACUUCAGCCUCAAUGACCGACAACAAGCCCAGCCGGUCCGGGCGGUGCAGUCCAGCGAGCCCCAGGGUCAGCGCUACACGUCGGAGGAGAUCGAGGUGCUCAGGAGUACAUCUACUAUCAAUGGAAUAGCCUAUGUGCCCUUCAUGAGUGUGGACCUGAGGGAAAGAUUUGCCUUUCCUGUCCCUUUCUCGGACAAAACAGGGAAACUGGCACUGUCACCCAAACAGAAAGCCAUCUUCUCCCGCUGGGUCCGGCCAGACGAGAUCUGCAAUAACCCCACCAUGAUUAUGUCUGUGUCCAGCUUCAGCAUCAAACAGACGGUGGUUUCUGACUGUUCGUUUGUGGCGUCGCUAGCCAUCAGCGCGGCGUACGAGAGGCGCUACAACAAGAAACUCAUCACCAGCGUCAUCUUCCCCCAGAACAGACGAGGGGAACCAGAGUAUAACCCUUGUGGGAAGUACAUGGUCAAGCUUCACAUCAACGGAGUUCCCAGAAAGGUGAUUAUAGACGACUACCUGCCGGUGGAUCACAACGGGGAGCUGCUGUGCUCCUACUCCAGCAACAGGAACGAGCUCUGGGUCUCCCUGAUAGAGAAGGCCUACAUGAAGGUGAUGGGAGGCUACGACUUCCCUGGCUCCAACUCGAACAUCGAUCUGCACGCGCUCACCGGCUGGAUCCCCGAACGCAUCGCUAUGCACUCAGACAAUCAGUCAUUCAGCAAGGAUGACACUUUCCGUAUGCUCUACCAGAGGUUUCACAGGGGUGACGUCCUUGUCACCACGGCAACGGGGGUGAUGACAGAGGAAGAAGGGGAGAAAUGGGGUUUAGUGCCAACACACGCCUACGCUGUUCUUGACAUCAGGGAUCACAAGGGAAUGCGUUUCCUGCAGCUGAAGAAUCCGUGGAGUCACCUGCGGUGGAAGGGCCGUUACAGCGAGCGUGACGAGAAGAACUGGACACCCGAACUCCUCAAAUACCUCAACUUUGACCCCAAAACGGCACAGAAGUUUGACAAUGGUGUUUUCUGGAUCGCCUGGGAGGACCUUUGUCAGUACUAUGAUGUCAUCUACCUGAGCUGGAACCCCGCCCUGUUCAAAGACUCCUCCUGUAUUCACAGUAGCUGGGAUGGGAAGCAGGGCCCAGUGAAGGACGUCUACAGUCUGGCCAACAAUCCCCAGUACAAGCUGGAGGUCCAGUGUCCAGCAGGGGGAGCUGCUGUGUGGGUGCUGCUCACCAGACACAUCACUGACAAGGAUGAUUUUGCACAAAACAGGGAGUUCAUCACUCUUGUUGUUUACAAGACGGAUGGGAAGAAGGUUUACUACCCAGCGGACCCCCCUCCUUACAUCGACGGCAUCCGCAUCAACAGCCCGCACUACCUGACCAAGAUGAGGCUGACCAGCGCGGGAACACACACCUUCACGCUGGUGGUUUCCCAGUACGAGAAACAGAACACCAUCAACUACACACUGCGGGUGUACUCCGGAUGCAAAUUCUCCUUCUCCAAGAUCCCAAAUCCCUUCACUCAAACCAAAAGGAUCAACGGCCAGUGGAAGGGCCCGAGUGCUGGAGGCUGUGGGAACUAUAAGGAUUCAUACAAACACAACCCCAUCUAUCAGAUCAACCUGGAGCGGCCGGGACCGCUGCUCGUCGAGCUCCGAGGAUCCAGGCAGUACAGCGUUGGUUUUGAGAUGGUGACGGUGUCGAUGGUGGGGGACCCAGGCCCGGCUGCCUUCCAGAAAAAGAACAGUGGAGAUUACAGGUGUGGCUUCUGCUACAUGGAUGUGGACUACGUCCCAGCAGGCCUCUACAACGUCAUCCCCACCACCUUCCUGCCCAAACAGGAAGGACCCUUCUUCUUGGACUUUGCCAGCACCUCGCCCCUCAAGGUCUCCCAGCUCCAGUGAAGGCGGCGCUGCAGCGAGGACGGGGCUUGGAGAGAGGAGCAGUGCGGCAGAGCAGCAGCACAGGGAAGCCAGAACGGCAGCAGUUGAAUGAUGUCUCUUCAUUUUGUCCUCACGUGUGUGGAUGAGGCGGCCCAGAGAUGAGAUCUCGGCCUCAUUUCACGUCGGCACUCGGCUUCAGACAGCCGUUCGCGUGUUUUGAUUGUUGCCAUAAACUUUCUGCAGGUUAAAAUGUAAAUGUAAUGCCCAGUACACAUCCUCUGUUUACUUUUUUAGUUGAUUUUUACUGCACUUUAAAAAAAAAAAAAAAAAAAAAAAAAUAUAUGGAAAUGAAUAUGUCUGUUUCUUCAACACAAGCAGUUUAAACCUUUUUCAGAUAUCAAGAUUUUUUUUAUUUUCGGUGUGGACAGUUUCACCCAUCAGCAGUCGGUCAUGUACCAAUGUUGCUGCUCUAUAUCUCUGCAAAACUAGCGAAUGCUCUGCAGUUGCAUCACAAAUUCCUUGGCAAAAAUAAAAAAAUAAAAAAAAUUGCCUGUUGCAGUCGAAGGGCGAGCUGCGGCGGAUCCAGCAACGGCAGAAUGUGUUCAAAUGAACGUAGCAGUCAGCCAACGUCACGCUGAAGUAAACCGGAGUUUUUUUUCCGUGAAAAGUCAGUGACGAAGACACUUCUGCAACGCUGUUUAUAUGCAAAUGUUUCCAUGGAAGUUUGAUAGUGACGCUGACUGCAGCGUACAGCCGGCUCCACGUGGUCACACAAAGUCUUUGUGUGUUUACGGAGCGCCAUCCACAACUGUAAACAAAUUAUUAUUUCAUUCUACAGUUUCUGUCGUAUAAAAUGUUUAUUUUUUAAUUUACAUUUUUUUUUGUUUUAAAUGUCCCUCAAACGGUCACAGAGCCGAAGUUUACAUCUCCACUUUGCUUUGUCUGACCAACAGUGCAAAACUAUAAAAUAUGCGAUUGACAGUAUGUGUAAUGUAAAAGACAUUUCUGAACCUGGAACCAGUGAUGUUUUUAAUUUUUUAUUUUUUUUUUGGUGUUGCAUGUUUGCUUGAUAAAUGACUUAAACUGUUAAUUGAUUAUCAAAGUUGUUGUUAAUAUAUUUUUUCAUUGUUCAACCAUUCGAUGAAUCGACUACAUUAUGAAUUGGUUUUCCCUCCAGUGCGGCCUGUAUAUUUGACUCAAUGCAGUCUGCAUCAACCAGGCACUGUGCCCUGAAUAAGGACACUAUUACAAAAACAUUUUCACAAUAUAAUCCCAUUUUUUUUUUUUAUGAUUUUAUCAUGUUAACCUCAAGCAUUGGCUUUGUUUUACAUUCGUUCAAUUUCUUUUAAUCGUCAACUCACAGUGCAAAGAGAACUUGCCUCAUUACUGUAGACAUUUAUUCAAUGCAAAUGAUAUAUGUGAUGAACUUGAUCUGGUUCAUAGUGAUGCUUCCGGGGAGCACGGUGACUGUUUUCACUCAUAACUACUGUUAUAUAUAUACAAUAAUUCAUAGUAAACUUAUUGCUGACGACUAUAAAUGGACUAUACACGCUGGUGUUCUAAAAGGGUGAAAUGUUCUGUUCAGGAUGGAAUAUAGCUUUUAAUAUAUGUACAUUGCCAAGAAUUUCUGUUAAAUAUCCAAUCGCUGAUUGAUGAUCAAUCAUUAUUUUUAUGAAUGCCAUCUUUUCUGUUACCAAACUCAGUUAUGUUUUUUUAAUCGGCAGCAAGCCGACUAAUUUCAAUAUGAAGGCAGGACAAUCUUGCAGCAACCUGUUGUAUGAGUGAUGAUGUAAUGUUUGCAGAGCUUGCACUAAAUGUUGGUUACACUGACGUCUUCAAACUUUGAAUACAUAAAAAUGAUAUCUGCUUCUC